UGUCGUCUGCCCAACUGCUGUGAGGUCACAACGGCGCUGUAAACUUAUUAAAGCACCAGACAAAUGGAAUUUGAGGGGGAAAUGCCAUUUACAAGGAACUACUCGGUCCCAGCAGGGGGGAUAUACAUCAACUAACGGGGGUUUCGUCAGAGAGCAAAAUGACGGUAAAUUGAGAGUUGAGAACUGCCCCCCCUAUUAAGAAGCCGCUGGUGGAAAGAUUCUUCCCACUUGGAAGGAAGCUUUUCCUCCUUGGACAUCUGCUGGUGGAGUCUGCAGGAGCCAGAGAGGAGAGAAGGUGCAGAGGGGGAGGCUUCACGCAGGAUCAUCCGAAUUCUGAUCGCUCCAUCUUUUGGCUGCGUCACUAGACUGAUUGAUGUCCUGCUGACCCCUGAGGGCUAAAAAUGAAGACAGGGCUCUCUCUAGCCACGGCUGCCUUGCUUGCAGCUCUGAUAUCCUCCAUUGAUGCUCAAGUGGAACCCCCUUCGGACUUGAACUUUAAAAUUUUAAAUGAGAACACAGUGGAAAUGUCGUGGGCAAGGCCCUCGUCAAGGAUAGAUGGCUUCAGAAUACAAGUGGUUUCAGAGGCAGAUGAACCGACCAGAGACUUUGCUCUUAAUUCGUAUACCACAAGCACUUCAAUCACUAACCUGACCCCUGAUCUGGAUUACUCUGUGUCCAUUAACUCCUAUUAUGGAUCAGAGGAGAGCAUUCCCAUUUUUGGUCAACUCACAAUCCAGUCCGGUAACGCCACUGGACGAGUCAGGAGGCCACAGUCAGAGGAAAUCAAGUGUUCGAUCAGUGCAAUCGCAGAUUUGGUGUUUCUGGUGGAUGGCUCAUGGAGCGUAGGUAGAGAGAAUUUUAAGCACAUCCGUAGUUUUAUUGCUGGUCUGGCUGGUGCCUUUGACAUUGGCGAAGACAAAACUCGAGUGGCCGUGGUACAAUACAGCACGGACACCCGAACAGAGUUUCCCCUCACACGUUACACCAGGAGAGGUGACCUGCUUCAAGCCAUCAACUCACUGCCAUAUAAGGGAGGAAAUACCAUGACAGGUGAUGCUAUUGAUUACUUGCUACAAAACAUCUUUACGGAGGAAGCUGGAUCCAGGAAAGGUUUUCCAAAGAUAGCCAUGAUUAUCACUGAUGGAAAAUCCCAAGAUCCAGUGGAGGAAUAUGCUAAAAGACUCAGGAACAUUGGAGUGGAAAUAUUUGUCCUUGGUAUUAAAGGAGCAGAUGAGGAUGAGCUCAGAGAAAUGGCCUCCACUCCGUACGGCAAACAUGUGUACAAUGUGCCCAACUUUGAUAGGAUCCAAGAGGUCCAGAGAAAGAUCAUCUCAGAGGUGUGCUCGGGUGUUGAUGAGCAGCUCAGCGUUAUCGUCAGCGGUGAAGAAAUGGUGGAACCAGCAUACAACUUGCAGGUCACAGAAAUUGCAUCAAAGUCAAUGAGAGUUACGUGGGAUCCCUCCCCGGGAGAGGUCACAGGCUACAAGCUUGUCCUUGUUCCCAUGUUGGCUGGCAUGAAGCGGCAAGAGCUGUACAUUGGAGCUACACAGACGUCCAUCAUUGUUCGUGACCUCUCUCCCGAGACUGAGUAUGAGAUAAGCCUGUAUGCCCUGAAGGGUCUGACACCCAGUGAGCCCAUCAUGGCUAUGGAGAAGACUCAGCCUGUCAAGGUGACAACAGAAUGCUCUCUGGGCGUGGAUGUUCAGGCUGACGUGGUUCUACUUGUGGAUGGCUCGUACAGUAUUGGAUUACAAAACUUUGCUAAAGUGCGUGCCUUUUUGGAGGUACUGGUCCAUUCAUUUGACAUCGGUCCCAACAAGGUCCAGAUUAGUUUAGUCCAGUACAGUCGAGAUCCACACACUGAGUUUGCGCUCAACACCCAUCACGACAUUAAUGCUGUUGUCAAAGCUGUGCGCACCUUCCCUUACCGUGGAGGCUCCACCAACACUGGCAGGGCCAUGGCCUACGUCAAGGACAAAAUCUUUAUCACUUCACGUGGAGCGAGAGAAAAUGUCCCUCGUGUGAUGGUGUUGAUCACAGAUGGAAAGUCAUCCGACUCUUUUAAGGAUGCGGCAACCAACCUGAGGAAUAGCGAUGUGGAGAUCUUCGCCGUUGGUGUGAAAGAUGCAGUGAGGUCAGAGCUGGAGGCCAUUGCCAAUCCCCCGUCAGAAACUCAUGUCUACGAGGUAGAGGACUUUGAUGCUUUCCAGAGGAUCUCCAAAGAGCUUACCCAGUCCAUCUGUUUGAGGAUCGAACAGGAGCUGCUCAAAAUCAAAAAGAAGAGUCUACUUCCACCUACAAAUUUGCAAUUCUCUGAGAUUACCUCACGCAGCUUCCGCACUACCUGGACUGCACCUGCUGCCUACGUCUUGUCUUACCUGGUCCGAUUCCGUAAGGCUGAAGACGUAACAGGGGACUACGUUACCCUGGCAGUCCCCAGUGAUACCACCACAGCUGUUCUGCCCCAUCUUUUCCCCCUCACGCCAUAUGAGGUCAACGUCUUUGCUCAGUACGAGAAAGGAGACAGCUUUCCUUUGACUGGUGAAGAAACCACACUUGAAGAGAAAGGGAGAGUUCGAAACCUACGAGUUACAGAGGAGACUACCAACAGUUUCAGGGUAUCUUGGCAAGCUGCCCCAGGUUCGGUUAUCAGAUAUCGUCUGUCCUAUAUCCCACUUAGUGGCGCUGGGGAAAUACUGGAGGCCCAAACUAUUGGAGAUGAGACUACCAUAGUCCUCCACGAGCUUUUCCCCAUUACCACCUACCGUGUGUCUGUAUCUGCUGAGUACAUCACAGGCAUGGGGGAUGAGAUGCAAAUAGAUGGCACCACCAAGGAAGUCAUUGGCUCACCUCGUAACCUUCGGGUGUUUGAUGAAACCAUCAGUACCAUGAGACUGACAUGGGAGGCUGCUCCAGGAAAUGUCCUCCAGUACACCAUUGCCUAUAAACCAGCUGAAGGUGGUGAGAGGAAUGAGGUGUCCAUCAGGGGAGAUACCACCCAGGCUUUGCUUCAGAACCUCCAACCAGAUACUGAGUAUGAGCUGUUUGUCAGUGCUCGCUAUACUUCUGCUACUGGCGAUCCUCUUCUGGGCACGGGAACAACAUUAGAAGAACUUGGCUCACCCAGAGACCUGGUGACUAAAGACCCCACAGACACCAAUUUUGUUGUGUCUUGGGUUGCGGCUCCUGGUAAAGUGCGUCAGUACCGGAUCACCUGGAGGUCUCUGUUCACUGAGGAGUCAGGAGAGAAGAGAAUUCAGGGAGAUCUCACAUCCACUCUUCUGGAUGGUCUCACGCCAGAGACGCGUUAUGAGGUGUCUGUGUAUGCUGUUUAUGGUCAUGGUGAAGGCCGGCCAUUGGUUGGAGAGGAAACCACAGAUAUCUCAGCUGCUGGCAGAAUGAUCGCUGUCUCCGAGGAGACGGAGAAGAGCAUGAAGGUGACAUGGCAGCCAGCACCUGGAAAUGUGGUCAACUACCGCAUUACUUAUAAACCGCAGUCAGGAGGGCGCCAGCUGGCGGCUAAGGUGCCCGGUGGCAAUACCACCACCGUGCUAAGACGCCUCACUGCACUCACCACCUAUGACAUCAUCGUUGUUCCGGUGUACCGAUCUGGAGAGGGCAAAGCAAGACAAGGCGUGGGAACAACAUUGACACCCUACAAAGCUCCCAGGAAUCUCCAGACCUCUGAGCCUACAAAGACCAGUUUCCGUGUAACUUGGGACCAUGCACCAGGAGAGGUUAAGGGUUACAAAGUCAUCUUCCAUCCCGUGGAGGAUGAUAUUGACCUCGGAGAGCUUCUAGUCGGCCCCUAUGACAACACUGUGGUACUGGAGGAGUUAAGAGCUGAUACCAAAUACACUGUGAAUGUGUUUGGGAUGUUUGAGGGAGGAGAGAGUAUGCCAUUGGCUGGAGAAGAGAAAACCACACUUACAAGUGGACCCGAGCCACCUCCUUUUGAAGUACCAGAGGUGAUGUGUAAGACCAGUGCACAGGCUGACAUUGUGCUACUGGUGGAUGGCUCCUGGAGUAUUGGACGCCUCAACUUCAAGACAAUUCGUUCCUUCAUUGCUCGCAUGGUGGGAGUCUUUGACAUCGGCCCCAAAAGGGUUCAGAUUGGUCUUGCUCAGUACAGUGGAGAUCCAAAGACCGAAUGGCAUUUGGAUGCUCACAAAACCCGCGAAUCCCUCCUGGACGCUAUCGCUAACUUGCCGUACAAGGGUGGAAAUACCAUGACUGGUAUGGCUUUGAACUACCUGCUCCAGAACAAUUUCAAAGAAAAUGUUGGCAUGAGACCUAACGCUCGCAAAAUUGGUGUGUUGAUCACUGAUGGCAAGUCUCAGGAUGAUGUCAUCGUCAACUCUCUGAGACUGCGUGACGAGGGCAUCGAGCUGUAUGCCAUCGGCGUAAAGAACGCUGAUGAGAAUGAGCUGAGGUCCAUUGCUACGGAUCCAGAUGAUAUUCACAUGUACAACGUGGCAGACUUCUCCUUCCUGCUAGACAUUGUGGACAGUUUAACCGAUAACCUUUGUAACAGUGUCAAGGGACCAGGAGGUGCGCCCGAUGCACCGACUAAUCUGGUAACAUCUGAGGUGACUCACAAUUCUUUCCGAGCCACAUGGACUGCCCCUGAGGACCCAGUGGAAAGAUUCCGUGUGCAAUAUGUGUCUGAAUCAGGAGUCCCACAACAGGUGCUUGUGGAUGGCACUCAAACCACAGUGGUUCUCCAGCAGCUCAGCCCUCUGACCGAGUACCUAGUUAACGUCUAUUCCGUGGUGGGCGAGGAGAUCAGCGAACCACUGAAAGGAGUUGAGACCACGUUGCCCCUUCCCGCUGUGAGAAGGAUGGACGUCUACGAUGAGCAGAUGUCCACCAUGCGUGUGAGAUGGGAGCCAGUACGAAGCGCUACAGGCUAUAUGCUGCUCUACAGCGCCAUCAAUGCGACCCAGCCUACUGUUGAAGAGGAGAUCAGAGUGGGUAGCGAUACAACCGACGUCCAGCUUGUGAAAUUAAUCCCCAACACAGCCUACUCACUCUCCCUCUUUGCCCUGCACGGGGAGUCGGCCAGUCAGCCACUGACUCAGCAGGGUGUCACACUGCCCCUGCCACCUGCGGGAGAGCUACGGGUUCGGGAUAUCACUCAUAGCACUAUGAGGCUCAUUUGGGAUGCUGCUCCCGGUCCAGUCCGCAAGUACCUCAUCACCUACAAGCCCGAGGGAGGAGAAGCUAAGGAGCUGGAAGUGAGCGGAACAAUGACCAGCAAACAACUGGACAACCUGGUCUCACAGACCGAGUAUGCCCUGGCUGUUACUCCCAUCUAUGAUGAGGGUCCUGGACAGACAAUGCUGGGUGAAGGAAUCACUGAUGUGGUUCCUGCCCCAAAGAACCUUAGAUUCUCAGAGGUUACCCAGACCAGCUUCAGAGCCACCUGGGAGCAUGGAGCCCCCGAUGUGGCACUGUAUCGCAUUGGCUGGACCAAGAGGGGAGACACAAACUUCCAAUAUGCCAUUCUGAACAACGACGAAACAACCCGUGUCCUGGAGAACCUGGAGCCAGAUACUCCCUAUGACGUGUCUGUCACUGCCAUCUAUCCAGAUGAGUCCGAGAGCGAGGAUCUGCUUGGAACUGAGAGGACAUUGUCCAGGAGAGGUGGUGUUUCACCCAACGCCCCUCCCUCCAACCUGGUUGUGUUCAACGAAACAACCACAAGCCUGAACGCCAGGUGGAACCCAGCUCCAGGCCGUGUCCAGAAUUACAGGAUCACCUAUGUGCCCACUUCUGGAGGCAGAACCCAAACUGCCCAGGUUGGCGGGAAGAAGACUACUCUUUUCAUGCCCAAGCUAACCCCUGACACCGAGUACUCCAUCAGUGUGGUGGCGGUUUACCCCCGAGGAGUCAGCAGGGAGCUGAUUGGACUUGGCAGGACCAAACCUCUCGGUGGUGUCAGGAACCUGCGAGUCACUGAUCCCACCACUAACACCCUGAAUGUUCAAUGGGAGCCUGCUGAGGGCAACGUGCGACAGUAUAGAAUCUUCUAUGUGCCUGCAGCUGGUGGCCAGGAGGACAUGGUCCAAGUAUCAGGCAGCACAUACAACACAGUGCUGAAGAACCUUGAGUCCGAUACUGUCUACACUGUUACCGUGGUUCCUGUUUACUCAGCUGGAGAGGGUCAGCGCAUGUCGGAAAACGGCAAAACACUGUCCAUCAGAGGUGGUUCCUUGGAGCGUCAACCUGUCAGGAAUAUCCAAGUAUUCAACCCUACGACCAACACCUUGAACGUUCGCUGGGAGCAUGCCACUGGCCCAGUUCUGCAGUACAGGGUGGUCUACGCUCCAGUUACUGGUGCCAAGCCUGCUGAAUCGAUUUUGGUACCAGGGACCAGCACCACAGCCUUUCUGCAGCAGCUGAUCCCAGACACUGAUUACAACGUUGGAGUGGUUGCCCUGUACCGCGAUGGCGAAGGACCCACCAUCAGUGACAACGGCAAAACCCGUCCACGAGCUGGCCCUAGGAACAUGCGUGUGUAUGAUCCCACCACCUCUACUCUCUCUGUGAGCUGGGAACAUGCCGAUGGUCCUGUCACGCAAUACCGCAUCACCUAUGCCCCGACUACCGGAGAUCCCAUUGAGGAAUAUACUACAGUCCAAGGGAACAGAAACAAUGUGGUCCUGCAGAACCUGGAUCCAGACACCCCGUACAAUAUCAAAGUUACUGCAAUCUAUGCUGAUGGACCAGGAGGAGAACUGGAAGGAGAUGGUCGCACAGCGGCUAUGCUUGGGCCCAGGAACCUACGUGUUUCUGAUGAAUGGUAUACUCGCUUCAAGGUCUCCUGGGAUCCCGUUCCUUCAAGGGUUACUGGAUACAAGCUCAUCUACCAGCCUGAUGGCUCUGAUGAGUCCUCAGAGGUGUUUGUCGGAGACGUCACUUCUCACCAACUGAAUAACCUGAAACCUGGAACCACCUAUGACCUGAAAGUCCUGGCACAGUAUAGCACAGGCAUGAGUGGACCUCUAAUUGGCCAAGGCACCACAUUGUACCUGAAUGUGACAGACUUGACCACGUACAACGUUGGCUACGAUUCAUUCUGCAUCCGCUGGGCCCAACAUAGAGCAGCCACCUCCUACAGACUUAAAGUCCAACCUGUUGACCCCUCUAAGAGUGGUGCUCAGGAGAUUACCGUCAGAAGCUCAGAGAGCAGUCACUGCUUUGACGGCUUGACCCCUGAUACUCUCUACACUGCCACUGUGUACACCCAGACCCCCAGCAUGGAGGGGCCUGGGGUUAGUGUCAAGGAGAGAACAUUGGUGAAACCCACCGAAGUGCCAACCGAGCCCCCCACGCCUCCUCCCCCAGCAACAGUCCCACCGUCAUUGGAUGUUUGCAGAGGUGCCAAGGCAGACCUGGUCUUCCUCAUUGAUGGCUCCUGGAGUAUCGGAGACGAGAGCUUUCACAAGGUCAUCCAGUUUGUCAAAAGCAUGACUGGCGCAUUCGAUGUCAUCAGCCCCAAUGGCAUGCAGGUUGCAUUUGUGCAGUACAGCGAUGACGCGAAGACAGAGUUCAAGCUCAACACCUACCAUGACAAGGGUGUUGUUAUAUCAGCUUUGCAGAAUGUCCGUUACAGAGGAGGAAACACCAAGACAGGCAUCGCUCUGAAGCACGUGUAUGAGAAGGUGUUCACUUCCGACAGUGGAAUGAGGAGGAAUGUCCCCAAGGUGCUUGUGGUGGUCACAGAUGGACGCUCCCAGGAUGAUGUCAAGAAGAGUGCCCUACAGUUGCAGCAGUCAGGCUACAGUGUAUUUGUGGUUGGAGUAGCUGACGUGGAUAUGGCGGAGUUGAGAAACAUUGGAAGCAAGCCCAGUGAAAGACACGUGUUUGUGGUAGAUGACUACGACGCCUUCGCCAAGAUCCAGGACAACCUGAUCACGUUCAUCUGUGAAACAGCAACUUCCACUUGCCCUCUGAUCUACAUCAAUGGAUACACCACACCCGGAUUCCGGAUGCUGGAGGCUUUCAACAUCACAGACAAGACAUUUGCUGGCAUGAAUGGUGUGUCUAUGGAGCCAGGCUCGUUCAACAGCUACAUUGCAUACAGACUGCAUAAAGAUGCCUUCAUAAAUCAGCCCACCAAGGAGAUCCACCCAGAAGGUCUUCCCCCAUCUUACACCAUCAUCCUCCUCUUCCGACUGCUACCUGACACACCUUCGGAACCUUUUGAUGUCUGGCAGAUUGCUGACAGAAACAACAACCCGGAGGUUGGACUCACUAUCAAUCCUUCAAGCAAAACAAUCACAUUCUAUAACAAGGACACCCGAGGAGAGAUCCAGAGAGCCACAUUUAAUGAGGAGCAAGUGAAGCGUGUUUUCCAUGGCAGCUUCCACAAGCUCCACAUCAGCAUUUCUCCAGACAAAGUCAAGCUCAACCUGGACUGCCAAGAGGUGGCGGAGAAGCCUAUCAAGGAGGCCAAAAACAUCACUCUGGAGGGCUACGAAGUGCUUGGCAAGAUGGCCCGGUCUGCUGGAAGGAGGCAGUCUGCAACAUUCCAGCUCCAGAUGUUCGAUAUUAUCUGCAGCUUGAGCUGGAUCACCCGAGAUAAAUGCUGUGACCUGCCUGCCACACGAGAUGAGGCAAAGUGCCCGGCCCUCCCCCACUCCUGCACAUGCACACAGGAUAGCAUUGGCCCCCAGGGGCCACCUGGUCCUUCGGGCGGCCCAGGUUCUAAGGGACCACGAGGAGAUCGAGGAGAUUCGGGCAAACCUGGUCCAGUGGGUCCACGUGGUGAACCAGGACUUGUCGGCCCAAUGGGACCACCAGGUCCUCAAGGUCCUAAUGGAUUGUCGUUACCUGGAGAACCUGGUCGCCCUGGACCAAAGGGAGAUCGUGGAGACCCCGGCCUAGUUGGUCUGCAAGGUCCUCCUGGACCACGUGGUCCUCUGGGCGCCGUUGGACCAAAUGGGGCACGGGGCCCACCAGGAAAGGAUGGACCAUCAGGGCCCAGAGGCCCACCAGGGCCAAUGGGAAGUCCGGGCACUCCAGGUGUACCAGGAAUUACUGGGAAACCAGGAAAAACAGGGGAUACAGGAAACCCAGGACCUGUUGGCCUUAAAGGAGAAAAGGGAGAGAGGGGGGACUUUGCGUCCCAGAACAUGAUGCGAUCCAUUGCAAGACAAGUUUGCGAACAGCUUGUGAACAGUCAGAUGAGCAGAAUCGACGUGAUGCUCAACCAGAUUCCUUCAGGAUACCGGAGCAACAGUCCAGGGCCAGCGGGUCCACCUGGCCCACCUGGCAAUCCAGGAUCCCGCGGAGAGCCCGGACAAACUGGACGAAAUGGCUUUCCAGGAAGCCCCGGUAUACCUGGAAGUCAAGGAGAAAGAGGUUUGCCAGGUGAGAAGGGAGAGAGGGGAUCUCCAGGUACCGGACAAAGAGGACAAAGAGGUGCUCCUGGACCACCAGGACUACAAGGGGACUCCAGAACGGGACCCACGGGUCCUCCUGGCUCUGCUGGGCCUCGUGGCCCUCCAGGCCGUCAAGGUAAUCCCGGGGUGAGGGGACCACCAGGACCCCAGGGAUACUGCGAUUCUUCUCAAUGUGUAGGCAUCCCUUACAAUGGACAAGGGUACACAGGUUUGGCAUAGUAAACGCUCUGAGUCAACUGUGCAGCUUUACACUUUGAAGUCCUGUUUCUGAGAUGUUUUGCCCUUGGACGUAAUUAAUGAACAUUAAAACAAACAUUUAAAAAAAAAGCCAAAAACCAGAAUGGAAGUGGACUGGCACUAACAUCAUCUCACAGCUAUUAGCUACCAUGAUGGCAACCUGCUGGCCUGUUUGCAUCUUGAACCACAAAACCGCUGGGAACAAAAACAAAGACGUUUCUACCAAGGAAGGAGCAUGUACAAACACCAUCCAACACAACUACUAACAACGAGGAUUUCAUAAUGUGUACAUGUAGAGGUGAGACUGUAAAUAAAACUAAUGUUGUGCCUUGUAAAUGAUGUAUGAACUCAGACACUUCACUAAAAUCCGAGUUAACAUCUGUACUGAGCUUGUGCCUUAUAACACCCCCGCUUACUUACACCAGCAAUAACCUCCUGUUUACAAAAAUCACCAGACUGAAGCAUGUUCCAUUUGUACUUUUAACCAUCAUGUCCAUUGUUUAUUUUAUUUUGUGUGUAUGUUGGACAAAUUAGUGCUCAGUGUUGCUCGCUUGCGACUUUAGCAUAGCCUGGUUGGUUUUCUAGUCUUUAUUAAGCAAGAACGUGAGCGAAGAAUAAUAUUACGAAAAAGGACCGGAUGUAGUCAUGUUUUUCAAGAAAAAAAGUAGUCAUAUUACGAGAAUGAAGUCAUUUUUCGCUCGCUCUUGAGAGCUGCAAUGCAUUAAUCUGAGAAAAGAUGUUCGUGCUUUUUCAAGCGUGACAGAAACAUUUGCACAUCAAACUGCUCGUACUGAUGAUAUUGUUGAUUACACAAAACAAUGACUAUUUCAAAUUGUGAAAAAAGUACAAUAAUGCAAAAUUCUAUUCUUUAUCAUAAAAUUAAGCUAUUUUUUGGUACUUUUACAGAAACCAUAAUAUUACAAGGAAAAAAGUAAUUUCAUGAUAAUAAAGUCCUAAUCUUACACUUUUUGUCUUUUGACAUAAUAGAUGUAUUCUUGGAAAAUAACCACUUUCGUCUUGUAAAUUCAAAUUUUUUUCCUCACUUAUUCCCAUAAAACUGAGACUUUAUAUUUGUGUUGUAAUAUUAUAACUUUACUCGUGUAAAACAGCAUUUUUUCCUUUUAAAUUCUCACUCAUUUUUUUCUAGUACGAGAAUCAAUUUAUUCCCUUAAAAUUGUGACUUUAUUGUCGUAAGAUUGCAACUUUAUUCCUGUAAAAUUACAAGUUUUUUGUUGUAAUAUUUUUGGUGUAAAUUCUCAAUAAACAAAAUUCCCAGAAUAGAAUCAAUUUCUUCUUCUAAAAUUACGACUUCAUUCUCGUAAUCUUAUGACUUUAUUCUCGUAAUGUUACAACCUUUUCUCGCAAUUUGUGUUUAUUCUCGUAUCAUUGCUUUUGUUCUUUUCAAUGUGGCCCUUACACUCCUUUGCACAAGCAAAAGUGUGACACGGGGCGUUUUCGAAAACAUCCAUUGUGCAAUACCAUUUGUGAAAUUGUGCAACCCUUGUUUGAUUGGCCACAUAUUUCCUAUAGCCAACAACUACCAGCCUGAACCGGAGGUAGCGUCUUUACCUGUGGAGCCCGCUGGAGACUUUGAGACAGUAAAUUCAUCAGGUUACACGCGAAACCAGCGAAGAAAGCGAUCGCUAUCAAGAGACAAUACGGAGAGACUAGCAUCAUAGUGA